UUGAGUCUCUCAGAUAUAGAAGUCUCAUAUUCUCACUUUCGAUCUCCGCAACUGGAACUCUCUACGAUUCUCAGAUCUCCCGAUUCGAACGGUUGGGUUGUUUAGUUUGUUCAAAGUAAGAUGGGAGGUGGAUUUAGAGUGCUUCAUCUUGUUCGACCAUUUCUUGCCUUUCUGCCUGAAGUUCAGAAUGCUGACAGGAAAAUUCCAUUUAGAGAAAAGGUCAUAUACACUGUGAUAUCUCUCUUUAUAUUCCUGGUAUGCAGUCAGCUCCCUUUGUAUGGCAUACACUCAACAACAGGUGCAGAUCCCUUCUAUUGGAUGCGUGUUAUUCUUGCCUCGAAUCGUGGAACUGUCAUGGAGCUCGGGAUCACCCCUAUUGUGACAUCUGGACUGGUGGUGCAACUUUUAGUCGGGUCAAAGAUUAUUGAAGUGGAUAACAACGUGCGCGAGGAUCGUGCCCUCAUGAAUGGUGCACAAAAGUUAUUGGGCAUCCUCAUAGCUGUUGGUGAGGCCGUCGCGUAUGUUCUCUCAGGAAUGUAUGGUAGUGUCGGGCAACUUGGAGUUGGAAAUGCAAUUCUUAUAAUCGUGCAGCUCUGUUUUGCUGGUAUAAUAGUAAUAUGCUUGGAUGAACUUCUCCAGAAAGGAUAUGGUCUAGGCUCUGGAAUUUCCCUUUUCAUAGCAACCAACAUCUGUGAAACCAUCAUUUGGAAAGCAUUUAGUCCAACCACAAUCAACAGCGGGCGUGGUGCUGAGUUUGAAGGUGCUGUGAUUGCUUUGUUCCAUCUGCUUAUAACUCGAACUGACAAGGUUCGUGCACUACGUGAGGCAUUCUACCGGCAGAAUCUUCCGAAUGUGACUAACUUACUUGCUACUGUCUUGAUCUUCCUUAUUGUUAUCUACUUCCAAGGGUUCCGUGUGGUCUUGCCUGUAAGGUCGAAAAAUGCCCGCGGGCAGCAGGGUUCAUAUCCAAUCAAGCUGUUCUACACCUCCAAUAUGCCCAUUAUUCUACAGUCUGCACUUGUUUCAAAUCUUUACUUUAUUUCCCAGUUGCUGCAUAGGAAGUACAGUGGAAAUUUUCUUGUGAACCUUUUGGGCAAGUGGAAGGAAUCUGAAUAUUCUGGUCAGUCCGUCCCUGUUGGUGGUCUUGCAUAUUAUAUAACUGCACCGUCAAGCUUGGCAGAUAUGGCAGCCAAUCCUUUCCAUGCACUCUUUUAUCUUGUGUUUAUGCUGUCAGCAUGUGCUCUGUUCUCAAAAACUUGGAUUGAAGUUUCGGGAUCUUCAGCUAGAGACGUGGCCAAGCAGCUCAAGGAACAACAAAUGGUGAUGCCUGGCCAUCGGGAAUCAAAUUUACAGAAAGAGCUUAACCGCUACAUACCCACUGCAGCUGCUUUUGGGGGCAUUUGUAUCGGUGCACUGACGGUGUUGGCCGAUUUCAUGGGAGCAAUUGGUUCAGGGACGGGGAUUCUAUUGGCAGUCACCAUCAUAUAUCAGUACUUCGAAACUUUUGAAAAGGAAAGAGCGAGUGAGCUUGGUUUCUUUGGUUUCUAAGCCUAUGCAUGCUCUGAGCAAUGGUUGGUUGGGCCCAAGAGCUCCCCAAAAUAUUUUUGUUGAGCAGAGAGCCGCAAGUAAAUCUUCCCUUUAAGACAGAUAUCAGAUUUGAGAAUGCUAUGGUAGGAGGUUUCUAGCCACUGUUCUGUGCGUUAGUUCUCUCUUUCACACACGUUUAGUUGAAUCUUGGCGCUAAUGAGGCGAUAAAGUCUUGAAAUUUGUGGAUGCGAGUAGUGGUGGAAAUUGAAAGGUUUAUUUAGUUAAGAGAAGCUGACCGUUUUCUUUUAUAUUUUAUUUUUUGAACAUUUUGUCUGUCAUGUUAAGACGUGUUCUUACUUUCAUUGAUGGUAGUAGUGUUAAAUUCGUGAUCCUAAUUCAGCAACUUUAUCAUUUCAGCUUGAAGCUAGCAAUACAUGAUGAGCCACUG